ACUGCACCAAAGGCGCCGCAGCCUCGGCUUGUGGAUGCCAACUAUUUGCCAGACCUCAGUCGUGCUCUACUCUUCAAUGCCUGCAUGAAUGUGCAUGCAUUCACCAUGACGGACUCGGAUUUGCAAGUGGCCAUCUUGGAGAAAUCUUGUUGUCGUUGA